GUCUGUAAAUUGUUAAGAAAAAUAAAAAAAAGUCUCAAAACGGUACAAAAUCGUAAGAAGUGCGAAUAUGAAAUCAAUUUUAAUAACCGGUUGCAAUCGCGGUUUGGGUCUAGGUUUAGUUCGCCAAUUUUUGAAAAUCUCGCAUCCGCCCGGAUGUUUAAUUGCGACUUGCAGGGAUAUUCAAAAAGCGGAGGAGCUUCGUAAAAUCGCCGAAUGUCAUCAAAAUGUCCAUGUAUUGGAAAUAGACCUUAGAGACUUUGACAAAUACAAGGAAUUUUCGGAGAGAGUUUCAAAUUUAGUAAAAGACGAAGGUUUAAAUGUCCUAUUUAAUAAUGCAGGUAUGUCCCCCAAGUUUACACGUCUAAACUUGGUGAAACCCGAACAACUCAUGGAAACCUAUGUCACUAAUACCAUGGUGCCCAUUCUGCUAACGAAGGCUCUAUACCCGCUGCUAAGGAAGGCCGCUAAAAUAAAUGCGUGCAAACCGAAUGGAAUCGAAAAAGCUGCAAUUAUUAAUAUGUCCUCAAUGCUGGGAUCUUUCGACUUAAACACAACGGGUGGCUUCUAUCCGUACAGGUGUUCCAAGGUUGCUUUGAAUAUGGCUACGAAGUCGAUGAGUGUAGACUUGAAAGAUGAUGGAAUUAUCGUUACUUCGAUACACCCCGGUUGGGUAAAGACUGAUUUAGGCGGCCAAAAUGCACCCAUGGAAAUAGAUGACAGCACCUCGAGCAUUGUCAAGUUUGUGUCGACGUUAAAGCAGGAGCAUAGUGGAGGAUUUUACCAGUGGGAUGGUCAACCUAUGCUUUGGUAGCAGAGUCAGAAUAAUGUUAAAUACUAAUUUCUAUAAUAAAUUUUUAUACCUUGA